AUGAGUGCUCGAAAUCGACGAGAUCUGGAAAAUAAAGAAUUGGAAUCAUUAGCACAAUGUUUACCACUUGCUGCUGCAAUAACAUUUCAACUUGAUAAGGCAUCAAUUGUUCGCUUAACAUCAGCAUAUUUGGCGCUACGAAAUGUAUUUCCGCCACGAAAUAGUAAUGAACAAAUUGAAACAAUGGCAAUUGGCUCAUUUUUACUUCAAACAUUGGAUGGCUUUGUACUUAUUCUUGAUGCUACUGGUAAAAUGAUGUAUGUUUCAGAGACUGCUUCUGUUCAUUUAGGACUUUCACAGGUAGAAUUAAUUGGUUCAUCUAUAUUUGACUUUCUUCAUCGUGAUGAUGAACCAGAAUUACGUUAUAUUCUAUCCAAUACUGAUUUUAAUUGUACUACUACUAGUAGUCAAUUCUCAACAAACAGUAAUCAAUCAUAUAACGAUGAAAUAGAACGAAUGUUUUUCAUACGACUAAAAUGUGUUUUACCUAAACGAAAUGCUGGAAUUAUUUAUAAUGGUUAUAAGACGAUCAGUUGUUGGGGUUAUUCAAAAAUUUGUCAUGAUGGAGAAAGAAUUACAAAUAUGGGUUUAUUAGCUGUUGGAUAUAUGCUUACACGAAGUGGCAUCACCGAAUUGAAACUUUCCUCAUCAACAUUUAUGUUUCGUGCUCGUCUUGAUUUAAAUAUUAUUUUUGUUGAUUCAAGAGUAACAGCACUUACUGGUUUUGGUGCCUCAUCUCUCCUUGAUACAUCCUUAUAUCAAAUGGUACUUCUGGAAGAUGCACAUACCAUCGAAAAAGCACAUAAAAUUUUACUACAUAAGAAUCAAUCAACAACAGGCUACUAUCGAUUACUGCAUCGUAUUCGUGGAUAUGUUUGGGCUCAAAGUCAAUUUUGCAUAGUACCAAUGUUACGCGCAACUAUUACACAUUGUAUUGUAGCUGUAACUGAAAUUUUUAGCAAAAGGGAAGGAGAUAUGACAUUAGCAAUCAUACAGCUUGAUGCUGAAGAAGAUGUUCCUGGAAGUACACUUGGAGAAUAUUCAAAUCUUUUCUAUAAAGGUGCAUCAGCUUCAGCCCCUCUUUAUUUGGAUUACAAUAUGCAUAUGCUGUCGGACAAAUAA